GUAGAGUAGAGAAGAGAGAGAGAGAGAGAGAGAUGGCGGCUGAAAGGAGAGUCGGGGUGGCAGUGGAUUUCUCAGAUUGCAGCAGGAAAGCGUUGAAAUGGGCUGUGGAUAAUAUCAUCCGGGAAGGGGAUCAUCUCAUCCUCAUCACCGUUCGACCCGAAAAUAACUAUGACGAAGGCGAUCAGAUUCAGCUCUGGGAAGCCACCGGUUCACCUUUAACCCCUUUGAGCGAGUUCUCUGAUCCAGUUAUCAUGAAGAGAUAUGGAGUAAAGGCUGACUCUGAAACUUUGGACAUUGUCUCCACUGCUGCCAAGGAGAAACAAGUUGAGGUGCUGAUGAAGGUAUACUGGGGUGAUCCUCGUGAGAAGAUUUGCGAGGCCAUCGAUAAAAUCCCUCUCAGCUGCUUGAUUGUAGGGAACAGAGGGCUUGGUAAAAUUAAGAGGGUUAUAUUGGGCAGUGUAAGCAACUAUUUGGUGAAUAAUGGUUCCUGCCCUGUCACCGUGGUGAAGUUGCACGAGGCAUGAAACCUAAAGUGCUAUAAUCUACCCUGCUUUAUGUUUACUAUGUUAUUGCUGUAUGUCUGGACUGCAUUUGUCCGUUUUAACCUUUUCUUCAACCUCCAUCUUGUGUAUUCAGAUGGGUGUUUCUGUAAACCAAACUAUUGAGUCAUCCGAG